AUGGCGGGUACUUUGCUGUCAUACCUCCUCCGGGAAUGUUGUUCUGUCACUCAGGAACUGAUCCUCCUUGAAGGGAAGAAACUUGUGGAUCAUACAGCGAAAGACAUAACAACACAACUUCGCUUUUACCCCCCCGAUGACAGUGAAGACAGUUUGGUGGAUGACUCAGAUGAGGAUCCAGAUUACACCCCUGGCCGUGACAAAAAGAACAAGUUAGCCUUAUUUUUGAACAAUGCAGCGAGCUCCAGUGAUGUCACAGAUGAAGACGAAGAGAACAUCCCUUCAACGUCUACAGCCACAAAAAAGAAGAUUCCAAAAAAACCAGCACCUGCUUGGAAUGAAGUGAAUCCAGAUAACAGUGAGAAACCUUCUCCGCCAAUGCUAGAAUUAAGUAACGAACAUGUACUUCAGUCUCCAGUUGACUACUUCAAAGAUUUUUUUGACAAUGACCUUUUAACUUUGAUUGCUACUCAGUCAAACUUGUAUAGUGUCCAAAAAAAUCCGAAUAAACCCUUGAAUACCUCAGAGAAGGAAGUAGAGCAGUUUAUAGGCAUUUGCAUCUACAUGAGCAUUUAUGGUCUACCUAGGAGUAGGAUGUAUUGGAAUGGAAAUACACGAGUAGAAAAGGUUGCACAUGUUAUGUCACGUAACAGAUGGGAGGAACUGAAGGCCAACUUGCACUUCAAUAACAAUGAUCACAUGCCAUUACAGAAUGAUCCAAACAAAGAUAGGCUAUUUAAAAUCCGCCCACUAGUUGAUGCUCUUCAAAACAAAUUCAAAAACAUUCCUAUUGAGGAAACAAAUGCUCUGUGUUGA